CUCCUCUCCUCUCCUCACUUCAGAUAUCUGGUCUCUGCUCUCCCCACCCUCCGGGCAACCUCUGCACUCUGCUAUCUCUCUCUCUCUCUCUCUCUCUCUCUGCUUUCUCUCUUUGUGCCAUCUACAUCAGUGACAGUACAACAGUAUGAGGAGAAAGCUGCUAACACCAUCUUGUGGAGUAGAACUUGUUCACUUUGCUUUUUAAAUGUGUAUGGUCAUAUUUGCUCCGAUUUUUGCCGUCUGUGCAUUUGCAACAUGUGGAGGGUACUCUGGUCACCUGCGGGUUAGAGUGGAAUGUCUAGACAAGAGCCAGAGCAACCUCAGCAUCACCAUAAACUUUGCCUAUCCCUUCAGGUUACAGCAGGUCCAUUUCAAGCCCACGCUGUGUGAGGGGAAUAGACAGGAGACCAUCUUCAUGGUAGGAGACUACUCCUCCUCAGCUCAGUUCUUUGUGACCGUGGCAGUUGUUGCCUUCCUCUACUCCCUGCUGGCCACCGUGGUGUACAUCUACUACCAGAAUAAGUACCGCGAGGGUAACAGAGGACCACUGGUGGACUUUGUAGUGACUGUGCUCUUCGCCUUCAUGUGGUUGGUGAGCUCCUGUGCCUGGGCCAAAGCUCUGUCUGAUGUGAAGUCAGCCACAGAUCCCACCCAGGUCCUCCUGCUCAUCUCCGCCUGCAGACGCCCAGCCAACCGGUGUUCAGCUUCCCACCACCCAGUCUGGUCUGAGCUCAACACGUCUGUGGCCUUUGGUUUUGUAAACUUUAUCCUCUGGGCCGGCAACAUCUGGUUUGUAUUCAAAGAGACUGGCUGGUACAAGACUGGCCAGAGGUACCCGAUGAGAAGCGCCUCUGAGAGACGGGCCAAUGGGAUGAGCCAACGACUCUGCAGCCAGAACAGUUUCGACCAAUCAGGGGACAGCUUCUAUCAACAUCCAUACAGGCAGGCUAGUUUUGACCUAUCACGGGAGAGCUUUGGCCAGCAGCACUACAGCCAAGGCAGCUUCAACCAAUCAAUGGGCAGCUUACGCUUGCCGCAAACUAGUCUAGGACAGCCAAUCAUCAUCAGUCAGGGGGAUGUCACCCCUAAAGGGCCUAAUCCUAUCAUAUUUGUCAAUGAUAUUUAGAUCACAUUUCGUAUACAUUUUGCCCUCAUCUACUUACCCUCACAAACUUGACUAGAUCUGAAAAUACUAUUGUAUAUUGAUACCUGACCAUAAGUCAUGUAGAUUUUCCGAUGUGAAGUUUGCGAGGGCCGGGGGUUGUAAUUAUCUAACGGGGUGGAAUAUAAGAGGGAAUAAUGUGGUAUAGUAAAAGGGAAGUAAGGGAUAUUUAGCAAGUGAGUUAUUAAGAGGAGAUCGGAGUGAAUUGGAGAAUCUAUCAGAAAUCGAAAUGGAGUGAGAGAAGAUUGUCUGUGUGAAUAGUGACUUUGCAUUAUAUGUGGUGGCUGUCUUAUGGAAGUGGUUUUCUUGGUGUGUUUAGUCUAGAACCUGGUGUGUUUUGUUUAGAACUUGGUGCAUCGGUGCACAUGGUGUUACCUGUGUUUCACUUGAGGUUCAAUGAUUCAUGUUUUUAUUUACAAAUUGUUUUAUGCUUCAGUAGGUUUGUGCUAUUGAAUUUAAAAUUGCGGUGGGUACAUUCGUUUGUGAACUGUAUAUUAUAUAUACUCUAAUUAUACAAUCUGAUUCUUCAACUGAUGCAGUGUGCUUAAUUGGUGGUUGGUGGCUGUGCUGUGUGUUGAUAGUGUUAUGCGGUGAUGCUCCACAGUGAGUCGUUCCACACAUUUUGUAUACUUGUUGUCAUUUCUCAAUGGUUUUAAAGUGAUGUUGAUAUUUCACAGGGAUCUUAACAAUACUGACAUUGAAGAUGCACAAAUAAAAAAUUACAUUGGCAUUA